AUGUUGUCCCGUGACGUCACCAAACAGGAAGUGAGCUCGUCGUUCUCUCCGUGGUGGCGGCUGGCUGCGGCGCGAGAGAUACUCUUCCUCCUCUUCCUCCUCUUCUUCUUCUUCAUCCUCCUCUUCCUCCUCCUCGCGGACCAUGGACGGGAAUCAGUGUUUACUUCCUCCUUCAGCUGCUCUGCGAACAUGAGCACCUCCAACCUGUCCACAGUGGAUGGCACUGAUAGGCUGUGUGUUUCUGAGCGCGCUCAGUGCGUCCCGUCUCCGGUCCUUCACCUGCGUCAGCUUCCUGCUGACGUCUCUGAACAGGAAGUGCUCACUCUAGCACUUCCUUUCGGCCGAGUUAGUAAGCUGAUAACGCUGAAGGCCAAAAACCAGGCGUUUUUAGAAAUGGCGUCGGAGGAAGCGGCCGUUACCAUGGUGAACUACUACACCUCGGCCCCGCCCACCGUCAGGAACCAGCCAAUCUUCAUCCAGUACUCCACCCACCGCGAGCUCAAGACCGACAACCUGACCAAUCAGAGAGCGGCGCUGCAGGCCAUCAGUGCAGCAGCAGUGCAUUCUGGGAACAUGGCGUCAGGAGGAGAGGGGCGGGGCUUAGCUCCCGGUCAGAGUCCCGUCCUGAGAAUCAUUGUGGAGAAUUUAUUUUACCCGGUGACACUGGAGGUCCUGCAGCAGAUCUUCAGUAAGUUCGGCUCGGUGUUGAAGAUCAUCACGUUCACCAGAAACAAUCAGUUUCAGGCUCUGCUGCAGUUCAGUGAGAUCGUGCACGCUCAGCACGCCAAGGCCUCUCUGGACGGUCAGAACAUCUAUAACGGCUGCUGCACGCUGAGGAUCGACUUCUCCAAACUGAGCGCGCUCAACGUCAAGUACAACAACGACAAGAGCCGAGACUUCACCAGAGCCGAUCUCCCGACCGGAGAGCUGGACCCCGCCGCCGCGUUCGGUGUAGCUCUGCCUCCAUACGGAGCUGCAGGUUUCCCGCCGACCUUCCACCAACACACAGGCAUGUCGAUGGCGGCCGUCCCCGGCCAGCUGAUGUCUCCUCCUUGUGUCUCGCUGCAGGUGGCGCCUCCUGCAGGUCACUCUGUGCUGCUGGUGUCCAACCUGAACCCAGAGAGCGUCUCGCCUCACUGCCUCUUCAUCCUGUUUGGUGUUUAUGGGGACGUUCAGCGAGUGAAGAUCCUCUUCAACAAGAAGGAAAAUGCUCUGGUUCAGAUGAGCGACGCCACUCAGGCUCAACUCGCAAUGAGUCACCUGAACGGGCAGCGUCUCCAUGGUAACGUGAUCCGGGUGAUGCUGUCCAAACACCCGGUGGUGCAGCUGCCUCGCGGGGGGGCGGGGCAAGAAGAGCAGACGCUGACCCGGGACUUCUCCGGCUCCGCCCUCCACCGCUUCAAAAAACCUGGAUCCAAAAACUUCAACAACAUCUUCCCUCCGUCGGCCACGCUGCACCUCUCCAACAUCCCGUCGUCGGUCAGCGAGGAGGUGUUGAAGGACUUGUUCUCCUCCGCUGGAUUCACAGUUAAAGCCUUCAAGUUCUUCCAGAAGGACAGGAAGAUGGCUCUGAUGCAGCUGGCGUCGGUGGAGGAGGCCAUCGAGGCUCUGAUCGCUCUGCACGACCACCAGCUGGACCACAACCAGCACCUCCGAGUCUCCUUCUCCAAGUCCACCAUCUGACCUCCGAGUCUCCUUCUCCUAGUCCACCAUCUGACCUCCGAGUCUCCUUCUCCUAGUCCACCAUCUGACCUCCGAGUCUCCUUCUCCUAGUCCACCAUCUGACCUCCGAGUCUCCUUCUCCAAGUCCACCAUCUGACCUCCAAGUCUCCUUCUCCUAGUCCACCAUCUGACCUCCGAGUCUCCUUCUCCAAGUCCACCAUCUGACCUCCGAGUCUCCUUCUCCUAGUCCACCAUCUGACCUCCGAGUCUCCUUCUCCUAGUCCACCAUCUGACCUCCGAGUCUCCUUCUCCAAGUCCACCAUCUGACCUCCAAGUCUCCUUCUCCUAGUCCACCAUCUGACCUCCAAGUCUCCUUCUCCAAGUCCACCAUCUGACCUCCGAGUCUCCUUCUCCUAGUCCACCAUCUGACCUCCGAGUCUCCCUCUCCUAGUCCACCAUCUGACCUCCGAGUCUCCUUCUCCUAGUCCACCAUCUGACCUCCGAGUCUCCUUCUCCUAGUCCACCAUCUGACCUCCGAGUCUCCUUCUCCAAGUCCACCAUCUGACCUCCGAGUCUCCUUCUCCUAGUCCACCAUCUGACCUCCGAGUCUCCUUCUCCUAGUCCACCAUCUGACCUCCAAGUCUCCUUCUCCAAGUCCACCAUCUGACCUCCGAGUCUCCUUCUCCUAGUCCACCAUCUGACCUCCGAGUCUCCCUCCAACCCUUUUAUCUGACCUUUGACCUUUGACUUCAGGGCCUCUGAUUGGCUGAUGGUGGGAACAAACCGACCAAUGGGAGAGCCCCGACACCACCGAGCUUUCUGUGCCUAUUAAACACUCUGACAUCACAGAUGAUGUCCCAACGCGGCGGUGGGCGUUGCCAUGGUUACAGAGGUUACAGAGCACAUCAUUCCUGAGCAGACUGAGCUCCCAGUAGCAAUGCAUUGUGGGUAGUGGAGUCCCAACAAGGCGCUAUUGUGAGUUAAACUUUUUUUUUUGUCUAAAUGUUUAAAUUAAUGUGAUGAAAAUAAAAAAAAAUCUUUUUAGUUAAAAAGAGAAAUUAAAAACUGCUUUUUCUCAAAAUCCCCAAAAUAAUGGAAACAUUUUAAAUUUUAUUUUUCUUUAUUUUGUUUUUUUUAAUAUUUAAAGUUACUCAGCAUGGAUAAAAAUAAAACCAGUAAAUCUUUAUUUAUUGAGGUUAUUUUUUACUGUAAAAGCAAAAUGAAAUCAUUAAUAUUUUAAUCAUUGUCUGAGUUUUUUUAAUUGAGUCCAUUUUUUAUUGUUAAUUUUUUUAAUUCUGCCUCUUUAAUGAACUUCUGGAAAACAACUUUAACAAAAGCUCAUUGAAAUCGGCAGUUUUGGGCAAAGGCUUUCGAUGGUUUACAGAUCUUUGAAUCCUCAGCGACGUGCCUUUCUCAACGGCACUUCAUGCUACUGUUUUGACUUAAAUUAUUAUUAUCAUUAUUAUUGUUACGACUGUAGAACUUUAGCUGGCUGCGAUCUCAACCGACCUUCUUCUGUGCCUUAUUUUCUGAAUUAUUCUGCUGGUUGUUAUUUCUUUUUUACGUGGAGUUUUGGUGGAGUUCUGGUGGAGUUCUGGUGGCGGGUUGUUUUGAUCUGACUUGAUUUUUUUGUACAAGUUUUUCACUUAGUUAGUUGAAAAUGAUUUUAUGUCGUAUUGUUGGUUUAUAUAUUUUGGGGAAGGUUUUUUAAUCAUGAAUGUGUUUAUACUGUAAAACAUGACAUAGGUAAUGCUUUCGACGUCCCGCCCACCUGUCGUACCUGCGUGUGUGUGUGUGUGUGUGUGUGUGUAUUUAUACGUGUGUGUAUAUAUAUUUGUGUGUAUCAAGCUGAGCUGUGAUUGGUUGAUCUUCAAAUGUCCCACCUUCUUUUUUUUCUAUUAAAAUAUAUAUUUAAUUCAAAUCCAGCUCUUGUUUUUUUAAACCUUUACUUAGUUUUUAUUUUAAUUUUAUGUUAUUGGAUUUUUGGUGUUGAUUUUCUUUAAACAGGAAAAAAAAGCCACAAAAAACAGGAAGCUGCCGAUUCCCAGUUUGCCUUCUGACCUCUGACCUCUGACCUCCCGACCGGAGCUGAUUGGGUUAAAUAUUAAAUAUAUACAUAUUAAAUAUUGUGAAGGAGGCGGCGGCUGAGCUUAGCUUGGUUUACAUUUUUGGUUUGUUUAUCAAUAAAACGCAGCGUGACAGCAGACAUAAAAUCAGCAAAAAUAUUCAAAAUAUUUUGAUUUCAAUUUUUAUGUAAUUAUUUUGCAACAGCAAAACGUCUGAAAAUGUUUUAAAUUAAAUUUGGUGAUAACGAAGCCUUGAAAAAAAAGUGGGCGGCGAGGUCAACCAAACCAAAGUUUGCGUGCCUUUUAAUUGGACCAACUCAUUCUUCCAUUAUGACAUCACUUCCUGUUUAAAUGGCUUUCCAAACUUUUUUUUUUUUUUUUUUUUUACUUCCCAGUAUUUAAGUUUUUUCUCCGUACACACAAAACAUAUUCUUUAACGUAAAGUUAUGUAAAUAUUUAUGUUUUCAUGUCUUCACGUUUCAGGUAAAAAGGUUACUGGUUUCACAUGAAGUGAAAGUCGUUUUUUUGUGACAUCACAUCCUGUUUCAGGGCUACAUGUGAACUUAUCAUAUAGCCCCGCCCAUCCCAUCAAUGAAAACAACAAUCAAUUAAAACCAAAGGAAGGGUUAAUUAAUUAAUUAAAGAAUCUUUUACCUCAUAGCUCUGCCCACUCUUUGUUAGAUAUCCCAGCAGGCAUUUCAGAACUUUACGAUACUGUUCUUGUUGGGAAGCGCUGCUGAUUCACUGCAAGAAAACAUGUUGAAAAUGUUUUACGUUUUAAAACCUGACUAAUAAAACAGCACAUUAACAAUGUUACACUUGUAACUUGUUGUAACAUGAAACAUGAUGUGACGUUACAUUUGUAACAUGUUGAUGUGAUGUUACGUUACACUUGUAACAUGUAACACAAUGUUGUUACACUUCUAACAUGUAACAUGAUGUUACACUUGUAACAUGUAACACGAUGUUGUUACACUUGUAACAUGUUGUAACAUGUUGUGACGUUACACAUGAAACAUGUUGCUGUGAUGUUACGUUACAUUUGUAACAUGUAACACGAUGAUGUUACACUUGUAACAUGUUGUAACAUGAUGUGACGUUACACAUGAAACAUGUUGAUGUGAUGUUACAUUACAUUUGUAACAUGUAACACGAUGUUGUUACACUUGUAACAUGUUGUAACAUGGUUACAUUACAUUUGUAACAUGUUGUAACAUGUUACAUUUGUAACAUGAAACAUGAUGUUACAUUUGUAACAUGAAACAUGAUGUUACGUUACAUUUGUAACAUAUUGUAACAUGAUGUGACGUUACACAUGAAACAUGUUGAUGUGAUGUUACAUUACAUUUGUAACAUGUAACACAAUAUUGUUACACUUGUAACAUGUUGUAACAUGUAACAUGGUUCAAGUAACAGUGAACAUUUUACAUGUAUUGUGAAGUCGUAACAAGUUACAGGUGUACAUGUUACAAGUACUGUCAUUUGUAAAUUACUACUCGUAACAGGUGACAGUACUUAUAACUCAAUGAAUAGUGUAAUUGUACGUACUGUAUCAUGAAACAUGUUAAAUACCUGUAAACUUGAAUCUUACAUACUUGUAACACUUGUUACACAUAACAAUACUGCAAUGCGUAAGUUACUACCUGGAACAAAGUGACAAUACUUGUAAUUUAAAGUAUUGUAAUAUGUUACACACUAGUUUGUAUCUUGCAUACAUGGUAGUAUACAUGUUACAAUAUGUAUAUUAUCUAUAAUGACCAUAAUUACAUGUUGAAAGUAUGCAGAUACAAGUACGUUACACUUGUAUACUAAUGUUAAGUUAUUGCUUGUAAUGUAUUAUACUUGUGUUAAAUACAAGUAUGUAAUAACAUACACUACAUGCUAAAGUACAUGUAUUGUCAAAUGUAGUAUUAUAACGUAACAUACUUGUAUUUUUCAACCUUGUAUAAACGUUACAAUACUUGUUAUAAGUGUUGUAACAUGUUAUAAUACUUGUAUGUAUUUUAAAACAUCAUACAUGUUACAUAUUAAAUACUACUACAUUGUAUGUAACACGUUACAAUACUUGUGCAUGUAAAGCAACAUGUCUUGUAUGUUGCGUACUCGAUACUGUAACUUUAGAAGUAUUGUUACUUGUAACAUGAAAACAUAAAACAGUCUCGACAGUAAUUGAAAUUAUUGAAAUCUAAAAAUUGUUAGAAAUAUUUGAAACUCCUUCAGAAAUAUCAGAAUAUGUUCAACAUGUUUUUAGUGAAUUAAAACGGGUUCACAUCGUUAUCCAUUUUACCCAAAUUCCCCCUUUUGUACCUGAAUGUUCCUGUUUUUCUAUGCUAAUGAAUGUAAAGUACUUGUGGUGCAUUGUGGGAGAAGGUAGGACUAUUAUUGUUAUUAUUAUAUGGAAUAUUUUUUAAUAUUAAUACCAGUGCAUGGGGGGGGGGUCUGUGCUUGAUUUAAUUUUUAUUUAUUCUGAAAGUGUGACAGGAAGUUGUAGCAUGAGUCACUGAAUAAAUAAAUAAUCUGACAACCAA